AUGACGGAGCAGGUAGACUACCUGGUGGUGGUGUUCGCCGCCACAUCUGGCGCGAGCGGAGAGCUGCUCGGGUCCGACGAGAAGGAGCUAGGGCAGUUGGUUUGGCAGCUGGUGGAUAUAAAGAACAAAAAGUUGGGCAGGGUGAAUGAGCUCCUCAUUAAGCCUGACCUCUCAGACUUGUCAGGGGAGAAAGAGGAGGAGGAUGUGGUGGAAGAGAGCCUGGAGGAGGAGAAUGGAUCUGGAGCAGAUUGUGUCUUUACAGCCACGAGCCUUGAGACAGCUUUAAAUCUGUUUCAUCUAAAACUGACUAAUGAAGUGAACAGCGCUGGCGCAGGCACUUCUGUAUAUUUGUGUACAGACGGGCAGCUCCACAUCCGUCAAGUGAUUCACCCCGAGGCUGCGAGCAAGAACAUCCCGGUCCCAGACUGUUUCUACUCUUUCUUUGACCUACGGAAAGAGUUCAAGAAGCACUUUUCGUCAUCAGACCUCAAAACUCUGAAUGUACACAGCAUGGCAGAGUGUAUCCUUUUAACACGUCACAUGUUUACAUUUGGUGCGCAGCAGGUCCAGAUUAUGGGCAACAUCAUCCUGGCCAUGCUUUCUGAGCCAUUUAGCCACACGUUUUCCAACCCAGAGAGAGUUAGUGAGAAGUUUGAGACCGGCACUUGCAGUAAGAUGGAGAAAGUGUGCAACAACACAGUGAUCAGAGCCAGAGGGUUGCCAUGGCAGUCGUCUGACCAGGACAUUGCUCGAUUUUUCAGAGGACUUAACAUUGCCAAAGGAGGGGCUGCGUUGUGUCUUAAUGCUCAGGGGAGGAGGAAUGGAGAAGCCCUUGUUCGUUUCAUCAGUGAGGAGCACAGAGACCUGGCUCUCCAAAGACAUAAACACCAUAUGGGCAACAGAUACAUAGAGGUUUACAAAGCAACAGGAGAGGACUUCCUGAAGAUAGCAGGAGGUACCUCCAACGAGGUAGCGAUCUUCCUGUCCCGCGAGGACCAGAUCAUAGUGAGGAUGCGAGGUCUCCCUUUCACCGCCACACACGAGCAGGUCCUUGCCUUUUUCUCGCUGGGGGAGGGUCUUAAAGAAGCGUGUCCCGUCAGCGGAGGGAAGGAUGGCAUCCUAUUUGUUCGCUACCCAGAUGGGCGUCCCACUGGAGACGCCUUUGUGUUGUUCGCCUGUGAGGAACAUGCUCAGUGUGCUUUGAGGAAACACAAGGAAAUCCUGGGCAGGAGAUAUAUUGAGCUGUUCAAAAGUACGGCAGCAGAGGUCCAACAGGUGUUGAACCGGUACUCAUCAGCCCCAUUAAUCCCUGUUGCUCCUGCCCCUUUGGUGUCAAUGUUGCCUGCGGUGUCUCUUCUGCCCCCACCUGGCGGUGUGCGGGACUGUCUGAGGCUGAGGGGGCUGCCAUACACAGCGAGCAUAGAGGACAUCCUCGCCUUCCUGGGCGAGUUUACACACGAUAUCAGACCGCAUGGUGUGCACAUGGUCCUCAACCAGCAGGGCCGUCCUUCAGGGGACUGCUUCAUCCAGAUGACCUCAGCUGAGCGGGCAAUUCAGGCCUCACAGCGGCUCCACAAGCACGUAAUGGCCAGCCAGCGGGGGGCAAACAGUCGCUAUGUGGAGGUGUUUCCCUGCAGCGCUGAAGAGAUGGGCCUGGUGCUGAUGGGAGGCUCCCUCUCACACACACAUACACACACACACACCCGGAGCAGGAGUGGGACAGGGCUAAGCCCGCCGCCAUGUAAGUCCAGACGUUUAUCUCCACCAUCUUACUCCUUCACCCAUGCUCCACCUGUCCUGCCUACAGAGGCUGCUGUAACCCUCUACCCUCCCCUUGGGCAGGUGUUGCUGACCCCUCGUCCCCUGCCUCCAGGACAUGCCUACUACCCUAGUUCAGCUCAGCUUUACAUGAACUACACAGCCUACUACCCAAGCCCACCUGGCUCUCCUACAACUGUAGGUUACUUCCCCUCCCCCUCAUCCCUGUCCUCCCCAGGGGGGUUGGUGCGCAUGCCAGGUAUGACCUACAACAGCAACGGAGUCAAAGACCUCAUUAAUGCAGUGCAGGGAUACCAGUAUGCCCCCGAGGAUGCUCUUAUGCACGCCCAUGGGCCCGUGCAUGCUCACGACCCGGCCAGGACAUUGCUUACGCAGCCCAAAGAAUGGGUGUGUAUUUAA